AUGGUCGAAAAAAUUGCUGCGGAAAAGUCAGUUCCAUUCGCUCCGGUGGAGGUUGAUGGAGGUAAGGAGGUGGCAGCGGCCGAGGAGGGAGCAUCCAUUGCGGCAGCAGCAUCAGCCGCUGGCGAACCAACGCGUACUGACAUGGCGGGCGUAAGUGGUGCGGAGAAGGCAGUUCCUAUGCUGGUCGCUCCUGCGGAGGCUGAUGGAACCAAGGAGGUGGCAACCGCUGAGGAGGGAGCACCCAUUACGGCAGCACCAGCAGCACCAAGGCAUGACUUUUUCCUGCCCCUGCUGGAAAGGAGAAAGCGCAAGCAAGCAGAGAAGAAACAGCAGCAGCAGCAACAAGAUGAGCAGAUUCAGCAGCAGAUGCAGCAGCAGCAGCAGCAGCAGCAGCGGGUGGGUGAGGUGAAACGUAAGCGGGGUCGACCCAAGAAAGGAGGGAAACAGAUGGAGGCGGUCGAGGGUUCCGGGGUAGCACAGGCGUAUCCUGCAGUGGCUGGUAAUAAGGUGACUUCUGAGUCAACUCAAAAGCGGGGUCGACCUAGGAAAGGAGGGAAACAGAUGGAGGUGGUCGAGGCUUCCGGGGUAGCACAGGCAUAUCCUGCAGUGACUGGUGACGUGUCAGCCGUUGACAUGUCAGCCACCCCUGUAGCUGACGUGUCACCCACCCUUGCAGCUGAUAUGUCAGUCGCCCCUCCAGCUGACGUGUCACCCGCCCCUGCAGCUGACGUGUCACCCGCUCAUGCGACACCCGUUGUCGCGUUUAUGUCCUCUGUUGGUUCGCCCGUGGGCGUUGGUGUCGGGAGGAAGCGUGUGAGCGUUAUGGAGGAGUUCAGUGCGAUGGAGGAGGAUGGGGAGCACACGCAGCAACAGGUGCAACCAAAGGAACGCGAACAGACAGCCCCAGUAGACCAGGCACAGUUCCCUUCACUGGUGGAAACUCAGCCGCCUGCUGCAGCAGAGGCGCUUGACAAAACAGCUGCGGGUUAUGGCGACCCGGUUUUUCAGGCUGCUCCGGUGGAAGAAGCAGCACAGACAGCCUCAGUAGACCAGACGGAGCUCCCUUCCCCGGCGGAAAAUCAGCCGCCUGCUGAAGCAGAAACGCUUGGCAAAGCAGCUGCGGGUUAUGGUGGGCCUGUGCAGGCUGCUCCGGUUGAAGCAGCACCACAACCAGCCCCGGUUCACCAGGCACAGCUCGCUUCACCAGGCCCAGUGGAGGCUCAGCCUCCUGCUGCAGCAGAGGCGCUUGGUGAAGUGGCAACCUCCCGCUAUGGUCGGAGGCUGAAGCAGAGAAGUCUCUUUGAGCCAAAAUCUGUGCAAGAACGGCCAAGGAGGCCCGGAAAGCCUGCUGCUGAAGGGACUCAGAAGGCCACACGCGAAAGUUUGAAAGGAACGCGCCAAAACGAGAGCAGAGGGCCGGUUUCCAGAGGAGGGAAGCGGCUGCAGCAGAUGAUGCUAGGGAUCCGGUUCGUGCCCGUGGGUGGUGAGUUUGAUAGAGGGGAAGCGUUGGUGCUACCGUGGCUGCAGAGAGCAGGCAGGGGGGGAGCUGCUACUGGGGCAGGAGGGCUUGCUACCUGUCCACAGGGUGCCAAUGGCUCUGAGCGUCUUGAUGGGUUUGCGGAUGGUGUGGAUGGUUCUGGUCGUCUUGACGGCACAAGGGGGGUGGGCAUUCUAGGGGGACUGACCAGUGGUAGGGAAGGGGUUUCUGGUGGCAUUGGAGGGGGUGUUACUGGGAGAGGGGCAGCAGGAGGGGCAGCAGGGGGAGCCGGGGUGAAGGCUGCUGGUGGGGGUUUUUUUGGUGCGCGGGUGAUGAGGUUUUCUAGCCGGAAGGUUCCUCUGCUGCCGCUGAACCCCUUCCAUGUAAACCAAGAGGGGGAGGGGGACGAGGAGGGGGAGGAGGAGCGAAAGGAGGAGGGGAAGGAGGAGGGGAAGGAGGAGAGGGAGGAUCAGCAGCAGAAGCAUCGUAUGAGCCCUCCAUUUGGAGUGUGUCAAUGGGAGGAGCUGCAGCACCAGCAUCGUAUGACCCCUCCUCUCCCCCCUCUCGGCCAAGUGCUAUUUGGCCUCUGCGCUGCUCGUGUGUAUGGAAGAAUGCUCCGAGGGGAGGAGGGGACAAGGGAUGGGGGGGAGGGGAAGGAGGCUGGAUCCGGGGAGAAGGUAAAGGAGGUGGUGGCUUCUAUUGCUGGAUGCUCGGCAGCAAUAGAGGGCGGGGAAUUCGCAGCAGAGGGUGCAGCAGGGCAUACAAGUGCGGCAGUUGAUACGGCAGGAGCAACGGGAGGAGCAGGAACAGCAGCAGGAGCAGCGAGUGACCUCUGGUCGCGCCAUUACCAGCCUACGAGCCCUGCUGAGAUAUGUGGUAACGAGGCUGCUGUUAACGAGUUGCUGCAGUGGUUGACGCUCUGGCAGGGCCGUCUUGGGUUUACACCCGUCUGUGAUGCUCAGACUCAUGCUCAUGCUGCAGCUGCUGAUAUUGCUGCUGCUGAUGGUGCUGCCGCUGCUGUUGAUGCUGCUGAUGCCGGCGCUGCUGGUGGCAUUGGUGGUGCGCCCACAGCUGCAACUGCAGAAGCUGCAACUGCUGCUGCUGUCGUUGGUUCCUUUGACAUGCCCACAAACCCACAAACCACCUCAGCUGCAGCCACUGCAGAUGCUCUUGCUGGGACAGGUGCAGUGGGGGAUGGUGUAGUGGUGAAGGGUGGUGGAAUAGGGGGUGGCAGUAGGCAAAGCAGGCGAGCAAGGGCAGUGAAGCAAAGAAGUUGUUGGAGGAGCUCUGAUAAAGGGAGACAUGGUAAAAGGAGAUCAGGAGCUGGGGCGGAGGGUAGUGACGAGGAGGACUGGAGUGAUGGCGACAGUGGUGGUGGGGCUGAUGAUGGUGAUGGUGACACAGAGCGUGACUGUAGCGGAAGUGAAUACAGCGCAGAGAGUGACUAUAACGAGGGGAGUGACUCUGAUGGUUGGAUGGAGGAGGAGGAAGGGGAGCAGCUGCCGUGUGCUGUGCUGCUAACAGGGCCUGUGGGGAGCGGCAAGACAGCAGCGGCGUACGCCUGUGCAUCAUCCCUGGGCUUCCAGGUCGUGGAAGUCAAUGCCUCUGGCCCCAGGCCUUCAAACCCUCAACCGCCCCCCUGCCUUUUCUCCCUUGUUCAUCAGAGCGGCAAGACAGCAGCGGCAUAUGCCUGUGCAUCAUCUCUGGGCUUUCAAGUUGUCGAGGUCAACGCAUCUGACGCUCGUGACGGGGCGCUGCUUCGUGGAAGGUUCUCAGAGCUCCUCUUCUCGCACCGCCUCUCCGCCAAUCAUGCUGUGCCACAACCAAAACUUUCUGCUACAUAUAUCUCCCUUUCCUCCUCCCUGCCCUCCCUGCCGUCAUCUGCUCGCCUGUUCGCUUCUCCCAAAUCCUUCAUAGAUCCCAAACCCAACCUUCCUUCAACCCUCACUCGCUUCACCAUCCCCUUCGAAACUCCUGAGCUUUUCCCUCAUCUUCUCAACCCUCCCCCAUUUCCCCCUCUUCCCUGCUUCUUUGCGUCCUCCCCCUUAUUCCUCGCAGCCCCCAACCCCAACCUUCCCACAGCCCUCACUCGCUUCAUCAUCCCCUUUGCCAGGCCAUCUGCGGGCCAAGCAAUGCCUUUGCUACACAAGAUCUGCACGGAGCAAGCACCCCUCUCCGCCCCCCCACCUCUCUCCCUCCUCUCCCUCCUACUCUCCUCUCUCCCCACCGACCUGCGCUCCCUCCUUCUCUUCCUCCAAUUCUGGUUACCCAGAAAAUCAACUCUCUCAGAGGAGGCUGUAGCAGAGGAGGCUGUAGCUGAGGAGGCUGUAGCUGAGGAGGCUGUAGCAGAGGAAGGGGCGAGGCACAGAAGUCAAGGGAGCAGUCGAGACAAAGAGGGGGGCGAUGGGGUACCUGAUUCUGAGAUGGCUGUAGCAGCGGAGGCUGUAGCAGAGGAGGCUGUAGCAGAGGAGGCUGUAGCAGAGGAGGCUGUAGCAGAGGAGGCUGUAGCAGAGGAGGCUGUAGCAGAGGAGGCUGUAGCAGAGGAGGCUGUAGCAGAGGAGGCUGUAGCAGAGGAGGCUGUAGCAGUGGAGGCUGUAGCAGAGGAGGCUGUAGCAGAGGAGGCUGUAGCAGAGGAGGCUGUAGCAGAGGAGGCUGUGGCAGACGAGGGGAGUGAAGGACAUGGGGAGGCACAGGGUGGUUGUGAGAGGGACCGAGAGGAGGGUGAGAAGGGUAGAGAGGAGGUUAAGGAGAGGAAGGAGGAGGAGGAGAAUGCGCUGGAGGAAUGUGGUGAAAUGGAAGGACAGGUGGAUGACGUGGCAGUGGUGAUGGAUGACGUGGCAGUGGAAGCGGAUGAGGUGGCAGUGGAAGCGGAUGAGGUGGAAUUACUAGCUGAUGACGUGGAGGAUGAUGAAGAUGCGUUGCUGGAGGAGCUGUUGCCACGUGGCAACACGCGAUUGGAGGAGGUGUGCUCUGCCAGCGCAGCAGACACCUGGAAGGAUCUCAAGUGCCAGUUGGCGCAUUCUGAUUGGCUAGCAGCACACAGGCCCGGUUCCGAGGUUACGACCCAGGCUCGGCAGGAGCUGACUCUGUUGACUCGGUUGACCGAGCUGACUGCCAGGCUGGCAGAUGCUGACGUCAUAUCUGGGGGUUUGACUUGCCGCAGGGUUCCCCUAGGGCUGGAGACUGAGGGUGACUUUGACCGGGGCAAGGAGAAGUCUGGCGUUGACUUUCUUGACUGGCGAGAUCCGAUCCCUUACCAUGCGAUCCUAUCCCCGGUCAUCGUGAUAUGGAGGGGCAUUCAAACGAGGACGAUUGGUGCCACUUGCCUCUUUCUAUCGAAGCUGCUCUUAAAGGGGACAGCAGUUCUACAGGAAGCGGUGUACAGUGUUGUGUGA